AUAUUAAUGGAGGAACAUCAAUUGGUGAUUGAAUAGUUGGAAAGCAUGAAGAAUUUAAAGCAAUUGUUCCAUAAAAUGAAAAAUGGUAACAUUCGUAUUGUCGAUGGUCUCUCAAUCGUGAUUUAUAAAUUGAUUAGACAAUUUAAACCCUCAAGUUCAGAAUAUUUAGUGCUCCUUCAAGAAUUGUUUUAUUUGUCAAUUGAUAUGUAAUUGAUAAACAUAAGCGAUGUAAAUAUGUGUAAAGACAAUAGCAAGUACUCUAAGUUUUGCUCAAAAAUUUCCCUACAGCUGAAAAAGUGUAGAGAUUGAAAGGAUAUUUGUUGGAAGCGAAUGGAGAGGAUGAAAAUGCUUAAGUGGUAUAUGAUAAGAUGCUGUCUGAAAAUUUGAUGGAUCAAAAUACAAGAAAGAGAAAAAUAGCAUUGUUAAGGGUAAUUAAUAAUGAUAUAUAUUAAAGAGAUAAAAUAAUAUAGAAUAGGCAAUAGCCUUGUUGAAUACUUUUCUAACUUCCUUCCCCAAUGAUGCUGAAGCAUGGCUAGAAUUGUCUGACAUAUAUUAAGAACACUUGAAUUACUCCAAGGCUUAAUUUUGUCUUGAGGAAGUUUUAUUGCUUAAUACUCAGGAUUUACAUUUAGCGAUUAAAUUAGCAGAAGUAAUAUAUUAAUGUAUAUUAAAAGAUCAACUAUAGCAAUCAAAAUUAUUCAUAGGCUAAGAACUAUUAUUGUUUUGUGUUAUCCAAAAAUCCCAAUGAGCCAAGAUGUUUGUGGGGUCUAUUGUAAACAUUAAGAAAAAAGAAAAGAGAAGGAAAUGAUAAGGAUUUAGGAACAAUUGUGUUAUAGGCAUUGUAGAAAAUAUACAAAUAACAUCCAAUUAAAUAUCCAUUUGAAAAAGUAGCCCUUGAAAUACAAUAGUGAGAUAAAUAAAUAAAAUUAUCAAGUCUUAAUU